AUGGCGGCGGACCACCUGGCGGAGUCGCUGCACGCCGUCUCUCCCGACGCCACGGUCGCGCUCGCCGCCGGCCCCACGCCGGCGCUCGUGGCGCUCGUGUCGCUGGCGGUGCUCGUGUCGUCGCUCGCGCUCUUCGUGCUUCGCCAUCGCGCCGCCUCGCUGUCCAAAGCACCAGUCGCCGCGGGGCCCGGCGGCGGCAGCAAGUACCAGCCGCUCGCUACAAAGGAUGUAGCGGCGGUGGCGGCGACGAAUGGCGAGGAGCGGAAGGGCGAGGGGGAUAAGGCGGAGCGCGACGACUCGAAGGUGGCGAUCGGCAUUCUGUUCGGCACGCAGACGGGCACGUCCGAGGGAUUCGCCAAGACACUUGUGUCAGAGCUGCAGCACCACUUCGCAUCGCACUGCACCGUGGAGCUCAGCAGCCUGGAUGAUCUAGCGGAGGACAGCGAUGGCUUCACAGCGAAGCUGAAGGCCUUCCACGCCGCCUUCUUCCUCGUCGCCACCUACGGGGACGGAGAGCCAACGGACGAUGCGCAGCGCUUCUUCAAAUGGCUGCACGCCACCGCUGCUGCUGCAGAGGCUCAGGACGACAGCCCCUUGCCACUGCAGGGGCUCCGUUUUGCUGUCUUCGGGCUGGGAAAUCGGCAGUACGAGCACUUCAACCUGAUGGGCAAGAUGCUUGACAAGCACCUCGCUGCCCUCGGCGGGCAGCGCGUGGCGGAGGUGGGGUUGGGAGACGACGACCAGUGCAUCGAGGACGACUUCAAGGCCUGGCGGGCGGGGCUGUGGAAGGGCUUUGAGGCGCUCGUGCUGGGCCGGGGGGCGGGGGGCGAGGGGCAGCAGGGCGAGGGGGCAGCGGGGGAGUGGGAGGACGAGGAGGAGGAGGUGCAGGAAUAUCAAGUGCGGUUCCACAGCCGAGUGGGGCAGGCUGGGGUUGCUGGGGAGAAUGGAGAGCUCAACGGGGGGUUGAAUGGGCACGUGCAUGAAGAGAUGAAUGGCAAGAUGAACGGGGAGACGAAUGGGAAGGUGAAUGGAGGAGAAAAGCAGGUGAAUGGCGUGGGGGAGCAUAAGAAUGGCGGGGAGGAGGAGGAGGAGCAGAUGAGCAUGGGGGAGGCGAUUGCUGCUGUCGGGUGGCACUCGCACAGCAUUGGCAGGGCGCGGGUGGCAGUGGUGAGGGAGCUGCAGGCGCCCAACUCAGACCGAUCCACGCUGCAUGUGGAGCUCGACCUCUCGCCCUGCCCGCAUCUGCAGUACAAGGUGGGCGACCACGUGGCAGUGUUUCCUGAGAACAGCGACGCUGACGUGGCAGCAGUGGCCAAGUGUCUGGGAUUGGACCUGGAUGACGUCAUCUCCCUGCAUCUCCCCUCGCCCUCGUCCUCCCUGCCACCGCCCCCUCCCGGCCGCCACUCCAUCCGCUCCGUGCUCGCCUCGCUGCCUGACCUCCACUCCUCGCCGCGCAAGGCAGCGCUGGCAGUGUUGGCGCACUUUGCCUCCCACCCCGACGAGGCGGCGCGCCUCAAGCACCUGGCCAGCGACGGAGGCAAGGCGGAGUACCGCGAGUGGGUGGCGGCGGCACACCGCUCGCUGCUGGAGGUGCUGCAGGCAUUCCCCUCCGUGCGCCCGCCCCUCGCUGUGUUCCUCGCCUCCGUUGCGCCGCGCCUGCAGCCGCGCUUCUACUCCAUCUCCUCCCACCCCAGGCACGAGCCGGGCGCACUGCACAUAACGUGUGCGGUGGUGAGGGACAUCACCCCAGCAGGCCGCAUCCACCACGGCGUCUGCUCCUCCUUCCUGCACCGCCACCUCCCCCUGCCCACCCCCGCCUCCACCUCCCCCGCCCCCUCGCCCCCCGUGCUGCUGCCGGCGUUCAUCCGCUCGUCGCACUUCCGCCCGCCCACCGACCCCACGCGCCCCAUCGUGAUGGUCGGCCCUGGCACCGGCCUCGCGCCCUUCAGAGCCUUCCUGCAGCACCGCGCGUUGCUGCAGAAGGGCGGGCAGCAGCUGGGGGAGGCGCUUCUGUUCUUUGGGUGCCGCCACCGCCACCAGGACUACAUAUACCGGGAGGAGCUGGCAGCGUAUGAGGAGAGCGGCGUGCUGUCAGCGCUGCACGUGGCCUUCUCGCGAGACGGGCCCUCCAAGGUCUACGUGCAGCACCUGCUCAAGCAACAGGCGGAGAGGGUGUGGCAGGUGGUGGGGAGGCGGGGAGGCAGUGUGUACGUGUGUGGGGACGCCAAGGCCAUGGCCAGGGACGUGCACCAUGCGCUGCUCGAGGUCGCUGUGGAGCAGGGUAAGAUGGCGAAGGAGGCGGCAGUAGCAUUGUUGGAUGGUUUAGCAGAGCAGGCGCCAGCCCGCUCCGCCUCGAACUCUCCAUUCCCGCCUGCGGUCCCCCGCACGUCCGCUCUCCCCGCCAUGGCGCCUCCCCGCGUCUCGCUACUCACAACGCGACGCCUCUCGUUCGCCGGGCUCGCGCUCUGCGCGCUUCUCGCCGCGGCCCUCUUCCGCCCCGCGCUUUCCCGCGCAUCUCUGCACGUCGCGCGCGGGCGAGCGCUAGAGGAGGACGACGAGCGGGAGGAGAGCAGCGAUGACGGCGGAAGCACAGAUCGGAUGCGCUCGCAGGGAAAGUUGCGCUCGCAUUGGCGCGCGGAGGAGGAAGGCGAGGUGAAUGACGACUCGUCGCACGACGACCACCACGAUUACGACGACCGCGACGACCACGACGAACAUUACGACCAUCAUGACGACAAUGGAAGUGAUGGCGACGAUGGCGACGACCAUUCGCGCGACCACGACCAAUCCGGGGUGACCUCGUCGCCGUCCGCGCCCUCCCCGCCCACCACCACCCCCUCCGACCCCGCCGUCUCCCCGCCGCCCCCUACCUUCCCGUCACUGACGUGCGCGCCUGGCGCGGGGACCACCACCACUACCCGUGCUGUGGCGGCAAGGUGUGCUGCGAGCGCCGCCCCGGGUCGUGCUGCCGCAACCAGCGCGGAGAGCCCUACUGCUGCCGCUUCCCCUCCACCUGCUGCCGCCACGGCUGCUGCAACGUCUGAACUGGCCGCCCUGCACUCUUCCACUCCCACCGCACCAUCCUGCUGCUCAAGGCUCAAGCCUGCUCGCCCUCCCUGCAUGUGUGCCCUGCUCAUGCUGGGACAGUCCUCUGCCACAUGUAGAGUGCUGCAUGCUCUGCUCUCUCUGCUCCUUUAG